CAUCUCCCCGUUCCCACCACUUGCCCGCCCGGCCAGCCCUGCAUCGUCACAACAUACCUACAGAUCCAGACGACGGCAUCUACGCCCCUUGUUCACGACACACGCCUGUCCGGCGAGGACAUCAGAACAACAGUCUGGGCGAAUACGUCGACCCUGGUCGCGCCACCUGAGCGCUGCACGUGUGUACCCGCAAGGCCAGUCAGCUGCGGGAGCACAUUGUCAGCCUCCUUCGAGUACCUCGAGCCGUGGAGCGGUUGUGUCUGACUGGCUUUGCAUGGGCCGCGACCCCAACGAGCAUUCGUCAGCGCAGGUCUGGACUGGCUGCUGCGAUAUCGCGCUUCAGAAGACCAAAUUUUCCAGCGCUGCCCGCGCGACAGUACAGCGGCGCAGCGAGGCCAACAUGGCUAAAAGCGACCACCUGCCGACUGCCAUGGACCCGUUCUCGCCAGUGCAUCAGACCGACGAAGGUUACUCGGAAGAUCCUUUGAAUCCGACAUCCAGUCAAGGGCCCUCGACCGCUAUCUCUGCCCUGAGAUCGCCUGCAGACUUGCCGUCAUGGCUCGCCAACAACGCGUCGGCCCUGCCGACUUCAAUCAAGACCGAAUUGACCAUGGUUCUCCUCGACCAACUACCGACGUCUGCCAUCGCCGAAAUCGUACAGCGCCUCAACCCCCGCCUGUACAUCGACUUCAUCCAAUAUCUGCCGGCCGAGAUAUGCUUGAAAGUGCUGGGAUACCUGGAUCCCGCAUCACUCGUCAGCGUGAUGAAGACGUGUCGUGCGUGGUAUGACCUCUCCCUAGAUCGCAAGCUUUGGGAGACGUUGUAUUACCUCGAGGGCUGGAAAGCAAUCACCUCCGAAAUCGAGGCCUGGGAGGCGCGGGUCAAUGCCAGUUUGAACAGCUCUAUUAGUCACUUGAACCGGCUUCAGGACCAAGGCGGACGCGCUAGCAAGAUCCGCGCUCUCGACGACGAUGAAGACUUGGAGAUGACUGAUAAUGACCGCAUCCUGCCGCCCGUCGGGAAUGAAGUCGCGUUUGACAAUAGUAUCUUCGGGUCACCCCCAAUGUCUUCAUUUCCGUCAAACCGGGCAGCCGCGCUGGCGGAGGAGUCUAGUGAUGCAGGAGGCGGUUCGUCGUCGGCAAAGGGUAAAGGUGUGGACAGGACUUCUGGGUUCGAAGACCAUGUUGUGCGUCCAAAGCGGAAGGAGCCUGGUGGCUCCCCGGAACCAUCAUUACCCCCUCUGGUAUCACUUGACGACCCGGGAUCUCUCGUUCGAUCCAGGUUAUGGGCCUGGGAUCUUUCAAGUACCCGUUACCGAAUGAAUUGGAAGUACCUUUACAACAUGAGACGGCGACUAGAAUCGAAUUGGGAGCUUGGGAAGUACACAACUUUUCAGCUGCCACACCCUAUGCAUCCAGAGGAGGGGCAUCAAGAAUGUGUCUACACACUACAAUUCGAUGCAAACUAUCUCGUCAGUGGUAGUCGGGACCAGACAAUGCGCAUAUGGAACAUGCAUACGCGACGCCUCGUCCGCGAACCUUUGGUUGGACACCGCGGGUCUGUACUUUGCCUGCAGUUCGAUGCCAGCCCCGAGGAGGAUAUCUUGGUCUCUGGGAGCAGCGACUCCAAUGUUUUCAUAUGGAAAUUCUCCACCGGCGAGCUGAUUCAGAAGAUAACCAAGGCACAUCGCGAGUCUGUCCUCAACGUCAGGUUUGACACACGCAUCCUGGUUACCUCUUCCAAGGAUAAGACCAUAAAAAUCUUCAACCGGAAACCCCUAAGAUAUGGAGACCUCGGCUAUGUCAUGCCUGAUGACCCGGUAAUCCCCGUCGCGACGAAUAUCAAACGCUACGGUUUUGAGCCCGACCUUGCGCAAGAACUGCCCGUUAAAGAGCCUUUCACGCUGAUUGGCCGUCUCGAGGGCCAUGGAGCAGCAGUCAACGCCAUCCAGGUCCGCGGGAGGACAAUUGUCUCCGUCUCUGGUGACAGGCACAUCAAGGUUUGGAACUGGCCUGACCAGGUCUGCACCAUGACCAUCCCCGCGCACGACAAAGGAAUCGCGUGCGUUGAGUUUGAUGAACGCAGAAUUGUCAGUGGCAGUAGCGACUAUGAGGUUUGUAUAUUUGAUGCGCCGACGGGGCUGAAAGUGGCUCAGCUCCGUGGACAUGCUCAUCUGGUGCGGACGGUCCAGGCUGGCUUCGGCGACCUGCCGUACAGCAAGGAACAGGACGAGGCGGAGGCUCGGGCUGUUGAUGCUGAGUACUUUAGGGCAGUUGAGGCUGGCGAGGUCAGCCAUGAAAACGACCGCAGGAGCCGGCGCACGAGAAGAGCCAACGCUGGCAGCUCUCGGCCAACGGAGAUCCAAGCCUUUGGUGCCAAGGUGCCACCGGGUGGUGGUGGCGGGAGAAAGUAUGGGCGCAUCGUGUCUGGCUCCUAUGAUCAAAGCAUCAUCAUCUGGAGACGCGACAAAGAAGGAGUUUGGAAACCUGCGCAUCACCUACGCCAGGAAGAGGCCGCCCUCGCGGCCCAGCGGCAUAUGUCGUCGCAGCCCGCGCCAAUGUCCACGCCGGCGCUUGGUCAGACGACCAGCGUCCCCGUCCACGCAGCGACCAUGGCCCGCGGCUCGUCCUCUUCGUCACGCCCAGCCGGAGGACAACCACACAGUCUGGGGUACGGAGCGAGUACUUUGAAAGCAUCCAUCCUUGCGAGGUUUGGCGACGUGCAGAGACAGGUUGGUUUGUGUAUGGGCCUGAUCGACCACGUGGUUCCGUUGGGAGCCGCAGCACUGCAGCAAGCACUUGCAGAAUACCCGGUGAUGUUGGCUUACCACACAUACCUGCAACGUGCCAUCGAGCGCGAGCCGUCACCAUUUGCCAGGGCGCAGCUCAGGCAGGCUGUGACGACAGCGCUGCUCAGCAUACAGAAUGGCCAAUCGGAGAGGCAACGCCGCGGGCCUGAGCCGCCCGCCCAGCAACGUCUCUUUGCCAAUGUUCUUACCGCCGGGCCGUCCAACGACGGAAGCAAUGCCAGCGAGCAACAAGGUGGCAGUGGCCCAAUGCCGGUUCCGCCCCAACCAGGAUACUCUACAUUGGACGGAUGGACGGGCCGAAUUCUUCAACCCCUUGGCCGAGCUCCCGCUGGGCCUCAGCCUGCCGGUGUGUCACACACGGGACAAGCUCUGCCGCCGCCGCCGCCGCCGCCACCGACGGCGCUGGGCGUAGCCAACGCGCAGCCUAUACACCAUCACCCGCAUAUCGCUGCUGCUGAAGUCGCUCCAGCACGCGUGUUCAAAUUGCAAUUCGACGCACGCAAGAUUGUGUGCUGCAGCCAAGCACCGGUCAUCGUGGGUUGGGACUUCUGCAACGGGGAUCCUGCACUGGAAGAAGCAGCGCGAUUCUUCGCGACGGUCGACUAACCAGCGACGCCAUGAUGCCGGGCUUUGGCGCUGGUGGCGACACAUGACUUUACGAAUGCAUUUAUCGUGGACAGUCUAACGAGCAGCUGCAUUCGUAGUGGAGCUUGGGCCGUCAUUACUUUGGAGCGUGAAGUGUUCGAAUGGGGCAAUACUUUAGCCAUAGUGCACUCAGGGAGCCUUGUCUUGCAUGUACACUGUAGUGACGGAUUGUAUUGGCCGCAAUGCAUUCAUCGGCAUAAAGCGACUCCCGUAUACGUUUCAAAAGACAGUAGUAUUCUGCUUUACGUCUUUGGUCCGCCCAAGAUCGAUGGGCGGGGGGCCAUUCUACAGAAACUGGGGACUAAAUGAGUCAGGG